CCAUAAUGGAUGGCUCAAAACUAUGCUCUCACGUUAGGGCUCCAAACCCAUGAAUCAAAAAAACCAAGCCAUUUUCUCUCGUUAAAAACCAAAUAAUUUAACAUUCUCGCACCAGAUCAGUCUUCUUCCCUUUGUCUUUCAUCUAAUCUCUGGAACGAAGAAGGAAAGGAAGAAGGAGGAAAAGGGGAAUUAUGCCAUGGAGGUUCUCAAUGCAGCAAGACUAACACUAACACCUGUUUCACUUUACAAGCCAACCAUCACUAGUGAUAGAAAAACAGAACCCAGAAAGUUAAUUUAUCACCAAUUUGCAACCAACCCAAAGCUAUCAACUUCUUCCAAUUCUAACCCAUCUUCAAAUUUAUCAGAGUUUUUAUCUAAGAGCCUCUUAGGCACAGCAACAGUUCUGUACUCUUCUAUAUUUGGUGGGAAUUCAGCAGAUGCUCUCACUUAUGAGGAGGCUAUUGAGCAAUCACUGCAGACCUUCACAUCUGGGGGUGCAGAUAGUUUUGACUUGGGUGGUCUAGUGGACUCAAUUGUGCAGUUUGGAAUGGAGAAUCCUGCUAUUUUAGCUGGAGGAGCCACUGUGUUGGCAGUCCCUCUGAUUUUGGCGAGUUUUUUGCAGAAACCAAAGGGUUGGGGUGUUAAGUCUGCAAUCACUGCUUAUUCUAAGUUAGCUGAAGAUGGGGAUUCUCAGUUGUUGGAUAUAAGGGGUGUGGAGGACAUUAGAAUGGUGGGUUCUCCUGAUUUGAAGUCUUUAAAGAAGCGCUCUGUCUCAAUUCCUUUUGUGAGUGACAAGGUUGCGUUCUUGAAGAAGGUUUAUGCCAAGUUCAAGGUCCCUACCAGCACUACAUUGUUUAUUUUGGACAAGUACGAUGGAAACUCAACACAGGUAGCAGAAUUGGUUACUGCUAAUGGAUUCAAAGCUGUAUUCGCUAUAAAGGAUGGUGCUGAAGGAUCUCGAGGAUGGAUGAACAGUAAGCUUCCUUGGUCACCUCCCAAUAAAUCAUUUCCUAUUGAUUUUAGCAAUUUGAAGGAUGCACUCGACGGUUCUCUUGGAGAGGAUUCAGAUGCAAUUCCUGUUGCCCUUGGUCUUGCUGCUGCUACAGGAUUCGGUGUACUUGCUUUUGCAGAGAUUGAAACUGCACUCCAGCUUUUGGGCUCUGCUGCGGCUUUCCAGUUUAUUACAAAGAAGCUCCUAUUUGCAGAGGAUCGUAAGGUUACUCUCCAACAGAUUGAUGAGUUCUUGAACACUAAGGUCGCCCCCAAGGAACAUGUUGACGAAAUAAAGGGAAUUGGCAAAGCUCUUCUUCCAGCAAGCACAAACUCAGGGACUGUUGUUGAUGCUGCCUCAGUGCAGAAAGUUGAGGAUGCCACACCUGUUGCAACUACCGAAGAAAAAGUUGAUCCAUGUACUAAUCCCUCUCCUAAGGAAUUUGAAGUUAACUCAGUCCCGAAACCAGAAAUAACAUCAUCCUCUAUACCUGGACUCCCGAGGCCUCUUUCACCCUAUCCAAACUAUCCUGAUCUCAAGCCACCGAGUUCACCAUGUCCAUCGCAGCCUUAGAAGUUGCAUACUACAACAAUCACGCAUCCCACCUUAUGUUGAAGAGAUAGAAGCGGGUUGAGUUCAUGCGUUUGUUGACAUUUUUGCAUCCCUCACACUAGUCAAAUUACCUUUCAUGUGUCUGUAUAUCCAUUAUUGCAUAAGUUGUACUCAUGGUGCCCUUAAGCAUUCCUGAGUUAGGAUGAGGAUUGGGUUCACAAAAGUUUUUGUCCUACUGAUGUUAUAUUAUGCAUUAUUUACCUAGAAAACUAAUUGUGAAUUAUUUUGGUGUAAUCUUAGUAGUCAAUUAUUGCUAGGCUGAAUAUUGCAGCAAUGUUACCCUUUGGAUAUGGAUGGAAUGUGUGACACAGAUUAUUUGAUUUAUAAUUAAUUUGAUAAAUUUGAAUGUGUA